CGUUAUCGUUAAUCUGUGUCUGUGUGUCCACUUUUGGAAUGGAAUGUUAAGCACUUUAAAUUGCAUUUUGGAUUGGAUGUGGACAUGGUGGGAUGUGACCUCGGCUUUCCCCUUUUCGUUUAGUCAUUAUUUCCAGCUAUCUAAAGCACAAUGGGCGCCUCUUAUGUACGAGUGGUGCUAAACAAACCAAGUGGUCUUGCCGAGUGAGGGUUCAGAAUAACUGCAAAACUUUCAUUUUGUGAGCUCUUGUGAGGCGACGGCUCGUGAGGGGCGCACUCCCGAAACAAACUUCAACAACCGUGCGCGCGCCCGAGUGGCUCUUGCUAUUAUUUAGCGCCCGGCAUCUCGACGAGACUACGGUGAGUCGCAGUUGAAGACUAUUUGUCGUGUUAUCAGCUGUGAAAUCCAGGAUAUUUCGUCCGAGAGAUUCCUGUAUUUUAUAGAAGAUAAAGCCUUAUUUGGAAAUCUUAUGGAUGAAGAAAUGAGUCGCCAGACUGAAACCGCGCUGCCCACAGGAACCUCCAAGUGCCCUGCCUCCCAGCGCGUGCCCACCUUGUCAGGGACCACUGCCUCCAACAGUGACUUGGCCAGUCUGUUCGAGUGCCCAGUGUGCUUCGACUAUGUCCUCCCCCCUAUCCUUCAAUGCCAGUCAGGACACCUGGUAUGCUCCAACUGUCGGCCCAAACUCACCUGCUGUCCCACCUGUCGAGGGCCGCUGGGCUCCAUCAGGAAUCUGGCUAUGGAGAAGGUGGCCAACUCUGUGCUCUUCCCAUGCAAAUAUGCCUCGUCGGGCUGCGAAGUCACGCUGCCGCACACCGACAAGACGGAACACGAGGAGCUGUGCGAGUUUCGGCCAUACUCUUGCCCUUGCCCUGGCGCCUCCUGCAAGUGGCAGGGCUCCCUGGACGCUGUCAUGCCUCACUUGAUGCACCAACACAAGUCUAUCACAACACUGCAGGGGGAAGACAUCGUGUUUUUGGCCACAGACAUAAACCUGCCUGGCGCAGUGGACUGGGUUAUGAUGCAGUCGUGCUUCAGGUUUCACUUCAUGCUGGUGCUGGAGAAGCAGGAGAAAUACGACGGCCACCAACAGUUCUUUGCCAUCGUGCAGCUCAUUGGGACUCGCAAGCAAGCGGAAAACUUUGCAUACCGGCUGGAGCUCAACGGCCAUCGACGCCGCCUGACCUGGGAGGCCACGCCGCGCUCCAUCCACGAGGGCAUCGCCACCGCCAUUAUGAACAGCGACUGUCUGGUCUUCGACACGUCCAUCGCGCAGCUCUUCGCCGAGAACGGCAACCUUGGUAUCAAUGUGACCAUCUCCAUGUGUUAAGAACUCACCGGAUAACCGGGGGAGGGAGGGGGGGGUCAACGAGGUUUCAGAUUUGUUCAGCGGGCAUUUUGAGGGGGUCGGAGCAGUUCGGCUCUGUCGCCGCAGGACCCCUUGGAGACACUACAGAUGUGGAAUUGGACUGUCUUGCCAGGCAGCCAUGAGGGCCCGGAGGUCGGUGGAUGGACAUGAGGCUAGAACUGUGGCAGGGUGGCGCUCUAGCCUUGUAAACACACUCAAAACAAACGUAUAUGUAAGGUUCAAGCUUGCGAUUUAACCUCUUUAGUUGUAAAUGCGUUCAGUGGGUGUCUUCUUCUCCUUCUCUGUUCUUGUUUUCAUGUCUGCCGGCCCAGUCGCUCAUUUCCACAGGUCCCACACUACUUGAUAUCACGGGCUCCCUGAGCCAAGCUCGGCGGUCGGCAAGCUAUCUAGUCUCAUCGGAAUGGGCCCUCCCGGUCCCCCGUCUCCCAACUUGACACCUGUAGUUCUGCAGGUGUGGUCCCCGGAAGAGAGGACUGGACCCUUCGUCACAGUCUACGUGUGAUAGAAGUUAUGUAGCUCCCGGUUCUUUUGAGGACUCCCAAGACCCGGAACUCAGGACAUCCUCCGACUCUCCUCCCUCAAGGCGGAUUUCUGGCAACUAUGAGUAAGCUGGACAGAUUUACUCACAACGGUGUGAUGACAGAGUGAUUCCCCCACCCCCACCCACCUGAAAAUUGAUCACAAUAAUAAGUUGAGAAUGCCCACGUGUGCGUGUAACUCAGAACUUUGUCUUGAAGAAAGGAAAAAAAAAAAAAAAGUUUGUUUUUCUUCUCGGUUUUUCUGAAAACUAGCGUGGUGUGAGAGAGAAUGAAAGGUGAACAAACUGGCCUGCUUACCUCCUCCAUCUUGUUCUCCUCUGUGCAUCUGAGCAGGAUGGACGCUUUUGUUAUUACACGGAGAUAACCCUUAUUAUCGUUUGUCUAAUGAAUUUCCCCGAAACAAAAAGGAGGUUAUCAAACUUGUGGCUAAACAGUGUUUUUGUAGGUAAAAGCAAGUUGUAUUCUCCUUCUCCUCCGCCCAGUUGGAUUGUUUUCUCCCUUCAUCUGUUUGUCCUCUUGUGGUAAGUUUUCUUUUUAUUUUUAUUGUGAGCUUUCUUUUCAUGUGGAGUCUUGUCAUCUUGCUGCUCUUCAACUGGUCCCUCCCUUGACAUUUUCUGUUUUAACAUCUCAUUAAAUAAAUGUAUCUUUUUCAUACA